AACGAUUUAGGUCCAUUUAGGUCGCAAUACCACUCGUAAUAUCUGUGAUUAUUACGAAUUUUCGUUAGAAAAUUUUAUUAAAUCGGGGGGAAUCGCACAAAUUGAUUAAUUGAAUCGGAUCGCGUUUGAUUCAGUACACAGAGAUUUACGCGUAAAAGAUUUAGACAUAAUAGAAAAUUCGAAACACUGUUUCCCAGAUGGUUCCAUCCACGUAAUCCCCGAACGUGAGGUUAUCUUUCGCUGUAGCCAACCAUACGAUCUCUCUAUCACGGCUUUUUCACGGUUAACGGGACGCUCGAGAAAAUGCCGGCGCCAAAUUCCAUCAGCGUAGCCGUAAUAUGUUCCAGUAAUAUGAACAGGAGCAUGGAAGCGCAUGCUUUCCUGAGCAAAAAGGGCUUCAACGUGAAAUCAUUUGGGACUGGCGAUAAGGUCAAGCUACCUGGAAAUGCACCAGACCGUCCUAACAUCUACGAUUUUGGAACUUCAUACGACGAAAUCUACAAUGAUCUAUUGAUGAAGGACAAGCAAUAUUAUACACAGAAUGGCUUACUACACAUGUUGGAUCGAAAUCGUCGGAUAAAACCUAGACCAGAACGGUUUCAAUUGUCCAAGGACAAAUUUGACAUUCUCAUUACGUGCGAAGAGCGCGUGUACGAUCAAGUAAUUGAAUGCAUGGAAUCUAGGACUCAGGAACUCAACCAACCCGUACAUUUAAUUAAUAUCGAUAUCCAGGAUAAUCACGAAGAGGCCACAGUAGGAUCGUUUCUCAUAUGCGAGCUAGUCACAGUGUUGGCGAAUAGCGAAGACCUAGACAAUGACAUAGACGAAUUACUGCAUGAAUUUGAAUCGAAAUUUGCGAGAACAAUAUUGCACACCGUACUGUUUUAUUGAGGAUCCGUUAUUCCAUCGUGCGAAUCAUCAAGAAUUUGGUGUGCACCGAACCUCGAGAGUAUUUAUGAGAGAAAUUAAAUUAUGUAUAAUUUAAAUAUACCGCGCGUAUACUCUACUGGAUCAUAUGGACUGAAUUCUGAUUCGAGCGAAGAAUACCACUUGUGCUUCCUGUUUAACGAACGAUUAUUCCUAUGGAAUCUAACUCGUACGAUCCGCUAUUGAAGUUUAUAUUCCUGCGAGAUUUGCAUUAUACAGGGACACCACGUAGCUUCGAGAAUGAGGAUACAUGGGUCUCUAUGGAUCGUACAGAAUUUUAGACCUAAGAUGAAAAACAAUAUAUCAGGGGUAAAAGAAAUAAAUAA